GAUUCCCUCACCUCACACCCUCUGUGACUCUUCUUGCAAACCCCUCGAUAUCGUCACAUCACCUCUUGAAAACUGCCCCAGUAGUACCAACUCAUCUGUUGGUCACAUCUGGAACUUGGAUCAGCUAGCAAAACAUCGGAUCCCAUGUCUCGCCGACUGUAGCCACAUUACUCCUCAUCAACUUCGUCUUCGCUUCCAUCGAAGUCUCCCAAUCAAUAUGGGCUCAUCACCACUCCCAGUCAGUUUGCAGAGCAAGUUCCAAAAGUCAAACACCAUUUCGCGAUUGAGGGACUUUAAAGGAAAUCUUGAUAUCCUUCGAAACGUCGUCUUCUUUUUCUUUCUCCUCGGCAUCCUACGCCGUUCAUUUUAUUUCGUUCGCGGUUACGGCAUCCUUGGCUCGCUGGCUCUGGCAAUUAGCAGUAUCCAUAAAUCUGCCUAUCGAGUAUUUUUGAGGCUACCUGGUGUACGCAGUCAAGUUGCCAAACAAAUCGCCGUGACGCGCCGCGACCUUGAGAACAAGCUCGCACCCACCGGCCCUGGAACCACAAGAUAUUUACAAUUACCAAAAGAGCCAUGGACACCAGAUCAGUUGCGCAGCGAGUUGAAGUCGAUGACCGAGAUGGAGAGGACAAGAUGGGAGGAGGGCAAGGUCUCCGGUGCCGUCUAUCAUGGCGAGAGUGGCUUGUUGGAUCUACAGUCCGAAGCUAUGCGACUUUUCAGUGUUGCUAAUCCAAUCCACGCCGAUGUCUUCCCGGCAGUCAGGAAGAUGGAGGCUGAAGUUGUUGCAAUGGUAUUGGCUCUGUUCAAUGCGCCUGCUUCAGGUGCUGGGGCCACCACUAGCGGUGGUACAGAAUCCAUUCUCAUGGCUGUCUUGUCCGCGAGACAAAAGGCUCGCACAGAGAGAAGAGUUACCAACCCCGAAAUCAUCCUACCCGCGACAGUUCAUGCGGCUUUUAACAAGGCAGCAAGUUACUUUGGGAUCAAGGUCCAUCAAGUCGCCUGUCCCGCACCAGACUAUGUGGUCGAUAUCAACAGGGUGAGGAGGUUGAUCAAUCCCAACACCAUCAUGCUGGUCGGAUCUGCGCCAAACUAUCCCCACGGAAUUGUCGACAACAUUCCUGCAUUGUCAAAACUGGCUGUUUCGUACAAAAUCCCCUUACACGUUGACUGCUGCCUCGGAUCAUUCUUGAUGCCAUGUUUGUCCAAAGCCGGAUUUCCUUCUCCUUGGGCCGAUGAAGGAGGAUUCGAUUUUCGACAGCCAGGUGUUACUUCAAUCAGUGUCGACACUCACAAGUAUGGCUUUGCGCCCAAAGGCAACUCGUGUAUUCUUUAUCGAAACCGACAGUAUCGAGAAUAUCAAUAUUUCCUCGCGCCCGACUGGUCCGGUGGGGUCUAUGGCUCUCCGUCAAUAGCCGGGUCCCGACCUGGUGCCUUGAUCGCUGGGUGCUGGGCCAGCAUGAUGUCUCUGGGUGAGAAGGGUUACAUCGAGGCAACCCACAAGAUUGUGUCGACGAGAAUCACUAUCCAGAAUGCUAUCAAGGAACACCCUAUUCUCAAGGAAACGUUGACUAUCAUUGGUAAUCCGUUGGUCAGCGUGGUGGCCUUUACGUCGGCCGAUUCAGCCAUCUCGGUCUAUGAUAUUGCUGAUGCCAUGUCCAAGAAACAUUGGCAUCUCAAUUCUUUGCAAAACCCACCUGGUGUACACGUGGCAGUGACACUACCGAUGACUCAGCCCGGAGCGGUGGACACAUUGAUCGAUGACCUUGUAUCAGUGGUCAAAGAGGAGAAGGAAAAGGCCGUGCAGCGAGUACAGGCUGGCGGACCGAUCGAAAAGGGCAAAGGAAACUCUGCACAGCUCUAUGGCGUAGCUGGCAGUUUACCUGACAAGAGUAUUGUGCAACAGAUUCUCGUGGCAUACCUGGAUACUUUGUACAAAGCUUGAAUUUGGCACAAGAAUAAGAAACCAGGAGAAGCCAUUCGUUGUUGUUGCCUUGGAUUUUCGAGCGGUGGAGUCGCAAUCUAUGGAGAAGGGUCAAAUAUCAUCCACACACUUUAGCAUUGAACCAACUAUCUCGUGAGUAGUGAUACCUCUAGUACCUCUACUCUUAUUCUCUAUCAAAAUCUCUCGCCUUGGACCCAG